GGAAUCGUUGCCGUCGCGGGUGGAAUCCUCUACGCCAAACAAGAUUCGCUCCUGUACUUUCCCGAAAUUGGAGGGAUUCCCAAACGACCCCGGGACAACCCGCGAGGCUACCGCUCUCCGGACGAACGCAACAUUCCCUUUGACAAUCUCCGCAUUCCCUGUGCCGACGGGGUACACAUUCACGCAUGGUUCCUCCCCUUUUUGUCGGACCAGGAUACCCUUUCAUCCACUCACAACAACAACAACAACAACACGCCCACGCUCAUAUUCUUUCACGGCAACGCCGGCAACAUUGGUCUGCGUCUGCCCAACGCACUCCAAAUGGUGCAAAACUUACAAGCCCACGUCUUGCUCGUCGAGUACCGGGGCUAUGGUGAUUCCGACCCGGUCCCACCCACGGAAACGGGGUUGCGCCGGGACGCCGAGGCCGCCCUCCACUACCUCCUCCGCCGCGCACAAGAACCGACGGCGGCAACCUACCGCAUCGAUCCGCAACGCAUUUUUGUGUUUGGAAGAUCCCUCGGCGGGGCCGUCGCACUCCAUCUCGCCGAUUACGCACAAAGGCAACAAAUACGACUCGCUGGUGUCGUCGUCGAAAAUACCUUCACCUCCAUUGCCGAUAUGGUCGAUCAACUCAUGCCCUUUUUGACACCCAUUAAACCGUUCGUCCUCAAAAUUGGCUGGGAUUCCACCACACUGGUGCCGUCCCUCACGGCUCCCCUACUCUACCUCGCGGGAUCCGCCGACGAACUCGUGCCGCCAUCCCACAUGCAACGACUCUAUCGGGCUUCCAAAUCCUCGCGAUUGGCCAAAAUGCACGUCGUCGACGGAGGAACCCACAACGAAACCUGGUUGCAGGGUGGAGCCGCCUACUGGCACCAAUUCCGGUCCUUCCUC